AGUAAGCGGAAUGACGACCAGAGCCUAGGCUUACAAAGUCUCUUAGCGCUUCUGACCCGGAAGUCUCCAGAACUAUUUGUUGCCCGUUGAGGAGGAAACCUUUUUUUUUUUAAAGUGUGUUUCUCUCCCCCUCAGGAUGAUGAACCCCCAGCCAAAGGCAAGAAGAAAAAGAAGAAGAAGAAAGAGGAAGAGAUUGACAUCGACGUGGACGACCCCGCCGUGAGUAGGUUCCAGUACCCGUUCCAUGAGCUCAUGGUAUGGGCCGUGCUCAUGAAGCGCCAGAAGAUGGCGGUCUUCCUGUGGCAGCGUGGGGAAGAGUGCAUGGCGAAGGCCUUGGUGGCCUGCAAGCUCUACAAGGCCAUGGCCCACGAGUCCUCCGAGAGCGAGCUGGUGGAUGACAUCUCCCAGGAUCUGGACAACAAUUCCAAAGAUUUUGGCCAGCUCGCUGUGGAGCUGUUAGACCAGUCUUACAAGCACGAUGAGCAGGUUGCCAUGAAACUUCUGACCUACGAGCUCAAGAACUGGAGCAACUCAACCUGCCUGAAGCUGGCUGUGGCAGCCAAGCACCGGGACUUCAUUGCUCACACCUGCAGCCAGAUGCUGCUGACAGACAUGUGGAUGGGAAGGCUUCGCAUGAGGAAGAACCCUGGCCUGAAGGUCAUCAUGGGGAUCCUUAUCCCACCCACCAUCUUGUUUUUGGAAUUCCGUACAUAUGAUGACUUCUCCUAUCAAACAUCCAAGGAGAACGAAGAUGGCAAAGAAAAGGAAGAAGAGAAUGUGAUUUCCUACUUGGGCUACUUGCUGCUGUUCAAUUAUGUCAUCCUGGUGCGGAUGGAUGGAUGGCCAUCACCCCAAGAAUGGAUUGUCAUCUCCUACAUUGUGAGCCUUGCAUUGGAGAAAAUACGAGAGAUCCUCAUGUCGGAACCAGGCAAACUCAGCCAGAAAAUCAAAGUGUGGCUCCAGGAGUACUGGAACAUCACAGACCUCGUGGCCAUCUCCAUGUUCAUGGUUGGGGCCAUCCUUCGUCUCCAGAGCCAGCCAUACAUGGGCUAUGGUCGGGUCAUCUACUGUGUGGAUAUCAUCCUCUGGUACAUCCGAGUGUUAGACAUCUUUGGUGUCAACAAAUAUCUUGGUCCCUAUGUGAUGAUGAUUGGAAAGAUGAUGAUUGACAUGCUCUACUUUGUGGUCAUUAUGCUGGUUGUACUGAUGAGUUUUGGAGUGGCUCGGCAAGCCAUCUUGCAUCCGGAGGAGAAGCCUUCCUGGAAACUGGCCCGAAACAUCUUCUACAUGCCAUACUGGAUGAUCUACGGAGAGGUGUUUGCAGACCAGAUAGACCUCUACGCCAUGGAAAUCAACCCUCCUUGUGGUGAGAAUCUCUAUGAUGAGGAAGGCAAGAGGCUCCCUCCCUGCAUCCCUGGUGCCUGGCUCACACCUGCCCUCAUGGCCUGUUAUCUCCUGGUGGCCAAUAUCCUGCUGGUCAACCUACUGAUUGCUGUUUUCAACAAUACCUUCUUUGAAGUCAAGUCAAUAUCCAAUCAAGUGUGGAAGUUCCAGCGAUACCAGCUGAUCAUGACAUUUCAUGACAGGCCGGUCCUGCCCCCACCAAUGAUCAUCUUAAGUCACAUCUAUAUCAUCAUUAUGCGCCUCAGCGGUCGCUGCAGAAAAAAGAGAGAGGGGGACCAGGAGGAGCGGGACCGUGGGUUGAAGUUGUUCCUUAGCGACGAAGAACUGAAAAAACUGCAUGAGUUUGAGGAGCAGUGCGUGCAGGAGCACUUCCGGGAAAAGGAGGAUGAGCAGCAGUCGUCCAGCGACGAGCGCAUCCGGGUCACAAGCGAGAGGGUUGAAAAUAUGUCAAUGAGAUUGGAGGAAAUCAACGAAAGAGAAAAUUUCAUGAAAACUUCUCUGCAGACUGUUGACCUUCGGCUCUCUCAGCUGGAGGAGCUAUCUGGCAGGAUGGUGAGCGCUCUGGAGAAUCUGGCAGGCAUCGACAGGUCUGAUCUGAUCCAGGCUCGAUCUCGAGCAUCCUCCGAAUGCGAGGCCACCUACCUGCUGCGGCAGAGCAGCAUCAACAGUGCCGACGGCUACAGCUUGUACCGCUACCAUUUCAAUGGCGAGGAGCUUCUGUUUGAGGAGCCUGCUCUCUCCACUUCGCCAGGGACAGCGUUCCGGAAAAAAACCUACUCCUUUCGUGUGAAGGAUGAGGAUGCAAAGUCGCACCUGGACCAGCCCAGCAACCUGCACCACACCCCUGGCCCCAGCCCACCUGCCACGCCAGGCCGCAGCCGGCUCGCCCUUGAAGGUCCCUUGAGCACAGAGCUGAGACCUGGAUCGGACCCUGGCAUCUCCGCAGGCGAGUUCGAUCCGCGGGCGGAUUUCAAGAGCACGGAAGCUGCACCAAGUCUGAACGCAGCGGGUGUUACAGGCACUCAACUGACUGUCGAAAGCACCGAUUCCCACCCUCUGCGGGAGAGCAAACUCGUGCGCUACUACCCCGGAGACCCUAACACCUACAAAACAAUGAAGUCCAGAAGCUUCGUCUAUACUGAAGGAAGAAAGCUAGUCCGAGGUCUUAGCAACUGGAGUGCAGAGUACAGUUCAAUCAUGGACCAAGCAUGGAACGCGACAGAAUGGAGAUGUCAAGUUCAAAGGAUCACGCGCUCCCGCAGCACAGACAUCCCAUACAUCGUGUCCGAAGCAGCCUCGCAAGACGAGCUUGAAGAUGAGCACAGAGGAUCUCUUCUGGAUCCUCAGAUCUCCCGUUCAGCCCUCACCGUCUCCGACAGGCCAGAAAAGGAAAACUUACUCUCUGUGAAGCCACAUCAGACUUUAGGAUUCCCCUGCCUACGGUCAAGAAGUUUACAUGGCCGUCCUAGGAGUGCUGAGCCCGCUCCUAGCAAAUUAGACAGGGCAGGACAUGCCAGCAGCACUAGCAACUUAGCAGUUAUGUCAGUUGUUCCAGAGGGACAAAACACCCAGCAAGAGAAAAGAAGCGCGGAAACUGAGUGCUGAUGGGUUUUGCUUCUUUGAUUAAAACAAAAACCAAGCACUCAACAGCCAGACCAUCGAUGGCUGCCAUCUUGACCAUCCAAAACAUUAUCAAGUUUAGGAAAUACAUUCAUUUUGAACUUAGUUUUAAAUUUAAAUUGUAAUGAGGGUACAGUAAUGUUCUGUUAAGCACUUUUUAGAAAACUAUGUUGUUUUUAGUAGUAGAAGAAGAGAAUGAAAGCCACACUAGAGCAGGCUUGGGCUAUAGCUCAGUAGGUAGAAUGCCUGCUCACAGAGUACAACCAAGUCCCUGGCUUCAAACACUAGCAGCACAUGAAACGUGUUGCAGCAUACACCUGUACAGUUGUAAUCCCAGCACUCAGGAGAAUCAGAAAUUUACAGUCAUCCCUGGCUACAUGGGAGGUUUCAGGCUAGCCUGAGCCACUUAAUAAUGUCCUAAACAAACAAACAAACAAGUUAAAUGUCAGAAGACACUAGGCCAGUGAAGCUAAUUAGUUCAUCACUAUCAAGACUGCCUGCGCUCUUUGCUUUGUGGGCCACCUACUGUCUGACAGAGGCCUUAAGGUACUGACAUCACUACUGAGCCAUUUACUAAGUGACACAGUGAAGUUAAAGAGAUAGAGUAGAUGUAAAAAAAAAAAAAAAGAAGGAAAGGAGGAAAAUAAAAGUCAGUAAAGUACAAGAAGUAAGCAGUGGCCAUAUCACUUAUGCAUUUUUAUGAGGAGUUUUAUGUUUUAUGUUGGUUUUCUGUUUUGAAAUUAUGUAAGUCUAUGAAAUCUCACACUCUAAUAAUACAGGAGGUUUGUGAAUUCAAGGUUACUGAUGCAUUUUUUUUUUGUCCUUGUGGUUCUUAGUAACAAAACAAAACUCAACAAACAAACAAAUAACCUCCCCCAAAGAAUCAAUGUAUCUUUCUCUAGGAAUGGUUUGUGGAAAGCUGUAGAUAAAACCUAAAGGCAAGUGGUUCAACAACCACAGCCACAUCUCAAGGCUGAGAACACAAGAAGUUACACUUCAACCUGAUGUUCGUGCAAAAUAAAGGCAUGCGUUUCCAACAAAGCCACUUUCACUUAGGACUAAAGUUAGGACUGCGGUCUGAGACACAUAUACCCAGGAGCCGGUGGAAUGGAGUGCUCCGAGAACAGAGGGAAGGUUGGGGUUUUAAGACUGAAAAUGUCAUGCACGCUAUUACAAAAGAAGGCUCAAUGUCUUUUCCAGCGAAUGCAGGAGCAGGCAGGUGCUUGGUGCCUGGUGGAGGUAGCUCCCGGGUAAGGCUGGUCUCCUUGGGAUAGUGUGGUUCCAUCAACUGACCCUUUACUUCCUUUCACUGAACUAUGACAGGAUGAAUCCAUUUUAUACAAUGAAUUCUCACAAAGUCGAUGGAUAUUAUUGGCACGGGGCGGGGGUGGGGCUGAGGGGCAGGGCACCAUCUAGGCAUGUCACCACCCAACUAUACACAAAGGAACAGAAAGGACUUUUCUGGCCAAAAUGGAGGUUAGUUAGUGCACAGUACUGCUUAUAAGGACUCAAGAAAGUCUCCAGCACACACACAUACAGAGCAGAGAGCCCAACCCUUGCCUAGAAUCACCGAUGGCUCUCACUGAAGCCAAGGACUUCAUAAAAAGAACCGUUGGCUGGUAGAUCCAAGAUCUAAGAACAAAUGGUGGUAGUAAGGGACCAUGGUGGAUGAAAAUGGGAGAUGAAGUUUAAAAGAAAAAGGGAACAAAGGAGAUGAACAAGUCAAUUUCCUUCUCUGCGUGGAGGAAGAGGUAGAGAGGAGACACAUAAAGACAGGCAGACCUAGACAGAAGCACAGAGCAUUGCAGAGAAGUCUGUGGUCUGCUCAGCAUUUGAAGAUCAUCACCUCAGUGGUGCCUCAGGAAGCGAGCAAACGUGAUGAAUAGGAAGGAGACUGAAUUCGUUUCCUAAAAUAAGACUGAGAUUUUAAUAGAUUAGAACCCCGGAACUUGGAUGAACUUUUCCAAAAGGUCUGAUCUAGCACUGAAGUGGGCAGGUCUUUGAAAUUUAAUUUAUUUUGUAAACAAAACUAUUAUUUGUUUGUACAUUGUUGCAUGGAACCUAUUGAAUCAUUCUGCUACAUGUUCCUAUGUGAUUUCAUGUUUCAUGAAAUGAUCCAUACAAGAUGGCUCUUGGCAACCAUCCAAAGUUUUAAGUCCUUUCUAUUGAUGGCCAGACCAACAGUGGCCUUGUACCUCUGAAAAGUCUACUAGUCCCCAAGCUCAGGGGUAUAGAGUUUUAAAAAGUUUUUAAAACCCUCAAAGGCCAUAAUUUACAUCAUAGUUAGGUGAGGGCCAGAGUACCCUGAAAUGUUCGUUUCUGGCAGAGCAUAGCAAUUAUUUUAGUUGUAACCUUCUAAUUAUUUUUCCCUUAUAUCUUUUCUAGUUAUUUUCAUUUACUUUAAUUAUUUUAAUUAAUACAUCUGGACCAUGGUCAAGGCCAUGGAAAUCUCAAAUGUGUUGCCAAGGCAGACAUGGCCACUGGUAGGCUGCAGGUGGAAGGCUGAGAACUGCCGAAGCAAACAAAAAACAGUCAGAGCGAGAGGGUAUUAUCUUGGCCAUUUAUUUCACACUUGUUCCCAAACCUUUCCUUUUGAUAACAAAAACCAUGUGUGUGUGUGUGUACAUAUACAUAAUAAUAUAUGUAUGUAUACAUAUAUAUUUCUUUUAUUUUUUAGAUUAAUAUAAUUACAUCAUUUUUCCUUUUCCCUUGCCUCCUUCCAUGGUCUCUUUUUCCUUAAUUGUUGUUACACAUACAAACAGAGACACACACACACACACACACACACACACACACACCCUUAAACGCGUAAAUAUAACCUGAUUAGUCUGUAUAAUGUUAACAUCUUUUGUGUUUGUGUGUGUGUUCAGGGCCGAUCAUUUGGGUAUUGAAUAAUCAAUUGGUGUGUGCUCUUCCUUGGAGAAGGCUUUCCCUUGCUCUCAGCGUCCCUAGUUGCCUGCUAUCCUUUGUGUGAGACUGGGGCCUCCUGGGCUUUCCUCCAUUGACAUUAGCAUAUCCAUUGUCCCUGCUCAGCUCAUGUUUAGGCAUGAGUGGUGAGACUUUGGGAGGGUUGCUUCUGACAUUCCAAGAAGACAAAAAUCUCACAAUAAACUUCCUGUUCCUCUGUCUGUUAUUAUCUUUCUCCCCCUUUUGAUUCCUGAGGCUUAGGUAAAGGAGAUAUAUCAGAGAUGGGAUUGGACUCCACACCUAUACAUUUUGGUUGUUUUCUGUAGUGGUCACUCUCUUUUAACAAAGAGAAGUUUCCUUGAUCUGGCGGCUGAGACUACCUUUGUCUGUGGAUAUAAGGACAAAGACUUAGACUGCAGCUAGGAAUUAUUAGCAUUAAUAAAGUAGUGAUUAUAGAUUCUCUCCCAAGCUCCAUGGUUUCAUCACCCCUGGGUAAUUGACUAGAUUCCCAGUACCAGGAUGAUUUCCAUCUUGUUGAGUGAGUCUGAAGUCCAAUCAGAGAGCUGAUGGUUACUGCCAAGGUGUGUGUGUGCCACUAUUAUAACCUCAGGGUUUUCAUGCCAUGCCAAGGUGUGUGUGUGCCACUAUUAUAACCUCAGGGUUCUCAUGCCAUGCUGGUUAUUGUCCUGGUUCACAGGCAUCAUACCUGGGUAGGAUUGUUGGAUGUUCCCUUUGAAAGUUUUCAUGGCACCAUGAAAGCUGGUCCUCAGGUCAGUUCCAGCUCUGGGUCCUGCAUCUGAAGUAUACAGUGUCUUCAGCAAUAGGGACUUACAUUCCACCUCCAGGAGGCAAUAACAAUAGCUGUACCAUUUUGAGAGUCUCUUGGACAACCCUGACCAACAAUUCAAAAUAUGGCUUCUCUUGCCCGGAUAUUGGUGGUUUUAUCACAUGGUCUUUGGCUCCAGGGGUAUGUAUUGUCACCCCAGAUGGGGAAAUUUCAUUUAUUUUAUUCAUGUAUAUUUAUACACUGACUUAUGUGUGCUACAGGUAUUUUUAGGUAGCUAAUAAUGCAAUUCCUAUCCUUAAUGCUAUUUAUCUUUCUCUCUCCUUUUUCUGUAUUUUAAUAACAAAAAAAAAUGCUUAGCCUUAGCCAAGUUCAAGAAAAGAACAGAUUUCUUAGAACAGCUUGAAGAUCUGUAACUAUGGUUGUUUAAAUAUGCUUGGCCCAGGGAGUGGUACUAUUAGGAGGUGUGGCCAUAUUGGAGUAGGCGUGACCUUGUUGGAGGGAGUGUGGAGGUGGGCUUUGAGACCCUCUUCCUAGCCAGGAGGGAGUCAGUCUUUUCAUUUUUGCCUUCGGAAAGUGUAGAACUCUCAGCUCCUUCAGCAUCAUGCCUGCCUAGAUGCUGCCAUGAUGAUAAUGGACUGAACCUCUGAACCUGUAAGCCAGCCCCGAUUAAGUGUUGUCCUUUGUAAGAGUUGCCUUGGUCACGGUGUCUGUUCACAGCAAUGGAAACUUUAACUAAGACAGUAACUGAACAAAGUUGGUCUGAAGAAGGGAAAGCUUGACACUGAAUUUUCCAUGUCCCUGUUCAACACACAUACACACACUUGCCAAGAGUUCUAUCUAGCCUCAGGUAUGGGUUACACGUCCCAUCCCUGUAAGUCUCCCUACGAAUGGUGGCACUCAUAUCUUAUUAAGGUGCUGACUAAAAGCAACAUUAAACACCAUGCUUUUUUGGGGAUAUUUGCAUUACAGAUAUAAAUGAAUGGCUCCUAAUGGUGAAAUCUGAGAACCUGUGGCAAGCCAGAUAUUAAAAGCUCUCAUGCAUA